AUAUACAUGUAUAUCAAGGCGGCAACAGUCGAGACCAAUUUGUACCAAUGAAUGGCAAUACAGAUGUGUACAUGAUCCACAACGGAGUACGGUGCCAGCACACCCCCAAUAUUUUUAGCUAGUUCGGAUAGGAGUAAGAAUGGAAAGAGACAACUUCCAACUAUUCAGCCUGACCUAGACAGUGACAAUCAAGCCACCGACGGCACCGGCCCAACACUGAACAAGAAAACGAGCUCCACUAAUUGGCAUUUGCUUCAGCAGAACACCAUCGAUGACUGUUCACCAGGAAACUCAGGUUUGGUAUCGGUUCCUGGAAAUCUGAACCCACCCCACUCCUUGUAAUUACCAUGCCUAAGAAGAAGGAAUCAUAUAAAGCUAGGAAGAGGCCAAAAUCAUCCGCAAAGUGCAGAUCAGCACACUCAGAAGAUGAGAACAUUAAAGGACCCAGUACCCAUCCCCAAGGGACACCGGGAAACAGAGAAGAAACUUUUCCUGUCAUGGAUGCAGCCACAGCAAUGACCGAAGUGAGACUUGGAGGAGACGAGAAUCAAAGGGCCAAGAUGACCCAUCUCCAAAACGACAGUGCUCAACUUGUUACUCAACCUUCAGGGGUCAAUGAAGUGCAAAUGGAUUUGCUGGACAGCUUGCCAGGACUGACUGAACUUGCGUUGUGGAAAGUAAGUGAGGUCAUUUCACCACACCGAAUCCUGCCUUUGGGACUGAGACUUGGUCUCGCUAACACAAAAUUAGGAAACAUUGUUGGUAGUAGUAUGCAGCAGGAAGAGAAAACCUUCAAGAUGUUCUAUGUAUGGGACAGGAACCAAGAAGGUGAUCAGUCCAAGUUUCUCUUUAGGGUCCUGACAUCAGAAGAGAAGCUAGACCAGGACCAGGUCUUUGAUAUGUUCUUUGAGAAACAGCAUAUAUGUCAAGGGUUCUUUGGCAGAGAUUUCCAAGACUUCCAGUUGCAUGAGAUUGCGGAGGAAUUACAUGUCGAUAAGCUCAUCCCUUUGAGUCUCCGACUUGGCCGGACUUAUUCAAGGAUCUGCCAUGUUCGCGAAGACAGCAAGUCUCAUUCUGUAAAUGCGUGCUACACAAUUAUGAUGCUCUGGCGCGGGGAGCAGACUACUCAGAUCGACCAGUUUGAAUCUCUUGCAAGAGUUAUGGAGGCCUGCCAAGAGAAGAAAUUAGCUUACCAGAUUCGCCAGAAUCACUUUGGAGUCACCAAUGAGAACAAGACCUUGCUCAUCAGUGAAGAACAACACAUGGAGGGGUUGGGUGAAGUUCAGCUCAAUGUGUCCCAUGCCAACAAGCUGGUUAGGGAAGAAGCCCAAGGCAGGCUGCAAGCUGUCCUAGAAGCAGGUAUUUCAGAGACUUGUGUGGUACUAUCUCCCGGAGGGGAAAUAGCAGAAUUUGUCAAAGGGCUAAAGGAAUGUAGCCUGUUUUUCAAGCGUCACUCAGCUAUGGUUAAGUCCCUCGAGAAGACCAUAGGACGAGAUGGAAUGUACAAGUUGAUUGGAUUCACCGUGGAUUCUAUCCACUUCCAUGUGAAGGUGUAUACCAUAAAAGGGCUACGUGCCCUACAAAUGGACAUCCAAAGUGGCCGCAUCGGACAUGAGCUUGGCAAGGUACUUCUCUCUGAAAAAACCAAGCAGCAGUUUACAGAAGACAUUGUUUUAGAUGUUACUUCGGAAGGCGGUGCUUGGAAUCUCCUUUCAUCUGCAGUCAAUGAUCUGCUUCCAUCGAACACUAGUCCGUCAACAGAGUUAGAGCCGAGGCAAGAAUUGAAAGUAGACAGAGCCCCGCCGAUUGAUCUCCUCUCAUCUGAGAAACGAGAUGUUGAGCAAGCCACUGUCCAUUACCAGGAGGAAGAGGAUUCUGAAGUCCAAAGUGGUAGUGAUUCUUUGUCAACACCCAAAGAAGGUUCUUCAAGGCCAUUUCAUUCACCAAGUAGACGAGAGAUGUCAAGUGAUGUUACGCUGAAAGGAAGAGAUGCGGAAACGCACGUGGAGACACCAUCAGCAGGUGAAGCACCAAGAAGGAUGGAAGACUGGACAGAAGAAGAGGUGGCAGUCUGGCUGAAAACUGAUGUACAUUUUUCAGAUGAAAUUGUGUGUAAGUUUGAAGGGGUAGAUGGUUACACAUUGGUGCGGUAUACCAGUGAUGAAUUAAAAGAAGAUCAUGGGCUUGCCCCAGGGUAUUAUAGAAGACUGCUAAAAAAGAGGCAGGAUUACCUUGAAAAAGAACAGAUGCGUUUGGAAACCACUCCCAAAUAUGUAUCUUCUAAGAUUAGGUAUGGUAACUCAAGGGACAGCACAUCGGAGAGUGUACCUAGCCCUGUCAUAGUAGAUUCUUCCCCUUCUCCAUCCAUAUCCUCAGAUGCUAAUGAAAAGUUUCAGCAAUCAGAAUACAUGCAGAUAUCAUCUUCACUAGCAACAUGCAAUGUCAGUGAUGAAGGUAAGAAACAGACCACAAUAUCUGCUUCUCAAACAGUAGAACCUGAUGCAUCAUUUGAUGUUGGAGAGUCUACUCAGGACAUGGAGCCAGAAUGCAGCCCAUCUAUUACUUCCUCACCACCAAAUGCAGCAGAAGUGGUUUCACCAUUGCCCCAGUGUGGGUAUCCAGAAGUGCCUGAAGAUUCCAGGCUUCUAGAAAUUACAGGCAAGAAAGAAGCCACAAUAGCUGCUUCUCAGACGGAAGACCCUGAUACAUCUCGAUAUGCUGUAGAGUCUACUCAAGGCAUUAAGCCAGGAUGCAGCCCUUCCGUCACUCCCUCAAGAACAAGUGCAACAGAAGUAGAUUCAACAUUGCCUUUAUAUGGUCAUCCAGAAGUACAGGAAACCCUACAUUCUUCAUCUGAGACUGCAGGGAUGGAGGAAAACUCAAAUACAGAGAAAAGGCUUACCAAUCUUCUUCUUGGGUCUGACAAAGGUGAACUUGAUUCAUCCUUUUAUCCAGUUCUGGUUGUGAACACGCCCUCUCAACUGAUGAAUUCUGCAGAGGUUGGGGACCAGUUUGGUUUCAUGGCUUCUGUCAACUGGAAUGCUGUCUUUGAUUGCAAUGCAGAUUCCAACAAGGUAGGGCUCUGCCAGUAUGUGAAUCAGAGGAAAACUAUCAAGAUCUUGAAUGCAGAUAAAUUCACAGAGACCAAGGAUGUAGAUGAGCUCAGAGAGGGAAUCGACUUUCCCGAGAUUCCUGUAUGGGUAUUCCCUAACGGUCGGAAUGAUGUGAAUGUGAAGGGAAUGGACAAGUUGUCAGAUAUAGACUGGAUGAGAGAGAGAUCGCAUGCAGUCCUAAACACUGUCCGGUUCUUCUCUGACCCUGGUGUCAUUCCACCAGGCAGAGCUGUUGUUGUGUUCCUUCUUCUUUCAUACUCCGAUAUCAUGGUGAUGACUCAGUUAUUCAGGGAGUUCUACACUUCCAAAUCCUUCCGAGACCUGAAACGUUUCACAAUCAUUGCAGAGGAUCGAAGUGUAAUGCAUAGGUGGAUUCAGCAUCUUGAAAGUCAGAGCAUUGUUUCAAGCAAGACUAUGAUGGAAAGAUGUCUUGGGGGAGUGAAAUGGCAAGAGAUCAACACAUAUAUGAUGAGACUUCUAGGAUCCUGUGAAACUGGUUUGCCAGUUCUUCCAAUGGUUCGUAGAGGACAGUGUGAGCUCAUGAAGAAACAUCAGAGUCAAUGGUCAGACAUAACAGUCUUAGCAAAAAAUGAGUGUGAAAACACAUCUAUGGAUGAGAGUAACCCAAAUUUCUUGGAUUUUGUUCAAGAGAAAGAGUCUCGAUUCUACCAAGGCCAUGGGGUUGACUGGUGGAAUUUCUAUCUCUCAGAAGAUAAGUUUAAUAGAGGCAAGGGGUACAAUCAUGUGUUGAAGCGCCAGAACUAUACAAGACUACAUGAUAGUGUUCUGAAAAUUCUUGCCUCCCCAGGCAAGAAAGUUGACCACAUUUCCAUGGCAACUGUCUUUCAUGAACCAGGUGCAGGAGGCACAACCGUAGCAAAGAACCUCUUGUGGGACUUCCACCAAGACUACAGAUGUACAGUUGUCAAUAGGGUUACCAAUGACACUGUGACUCAGAUUGUAGCUUUUCACAAAUAUGGGUACGAGGAAGGCCAAAAGCCAGGACCCGUUGUCCUUCUCUUUGAAAACUUGGAAUCUGAGAUCAUGCGGUCAUUUCUGAUAAGCCUGGAAAGAGAAACUAGGUAUUUAGAAGACAAUGGAGUGGCUUUUGUACUCAUCCAUUGCAAAAGGACAUCAGAACCUCAACUUCUUCUGAAAAAGGAAAAAUCGAAGUUAUGUGUUUGUAUCGAACAUAAACUAACAAACAGAGAGAAAUGUUGGUUCACAGAAAAGACCAAAGAUCUAGAGAAAAGGAAAGUGUUCAGUGAAGAAAGUACUCCUCAACUCCUUCUUGCUUUCAUGGUCAUGAAAAAGGAAUGCGCCCCAGAUUACUUGAAAGAUGUUGUCAAGGCCAUCCUCCCACGUGUCGACUCAAAAUCCAACAAGUCACUUCUAAAUGCUGUCAAUCUGUUGAAGUAUAUUGCUGUAGUGCAGUUGUACAACCCUGAUUUUGCUAUGCCUGUUUCAGCCUGUGAUGGUUUCAUGCAAACUCGAUAUAGAAUCACAUCCACAGGUCAGCAUCGAACAGUAGGCCCCUGGGAGAAAGAUAGGGAGCCAGUUCUGAACCUUCUUCUCCUUGAAGAAUUCAUUCAAGAUAUCGAUGGCUGUGUCAAAGGCCUUACAGUUGUACAUCCUGUUAUUGCAAAGGAGAUAGUGCAUCAACUAGGCGAACAAUUCCAACAACGCCCAGCUGACAUGAUUCUUGAACUUCUCGAAAAGUCAACAAUACUGGAUACUUUAUCUUACAGCAAAGGCUACAUUCAGAAGGUCUGCCGAGAUUUGAUGGUAAGGAGACUGAAAAAAGAGUAUGGAGAUGAUAAAGAUACUGACUUUGCACCAUUUAUUGAAGAUGUUUAUGAAGAGGAUAGAGAGAAGGCAUUCAAGAUCAUGGAAGUUGGUAUCAAGAAAUUCAAAGAUCCAUUCAUUGCACAGCAGAAGGCACGACUCCACAGCAAAAGGGAGGAUGACUCGGAUAAUGCUGAAAAGGCAAUUGAUAUUGCACUUGGCAUUGUUAGCAAUAACUCGUACUUGUGGGACACUAAAGGGAUCAUUUUGCGGCAGAAGAUGAUAAAGUAUGAGCGCAGGGGAGACCAGGAGUUCUUCAAUGACCAUGAAAUGCAGGAGUUGCUGGAUGUCUUCAAGGAAUCUUGUUUAGCAUUUCAAAAAGCACAGAAGGCAAUGGAAGAGGAAACACGAAGAAGAAAUUAUGCUGGGUUUGUAGGUGAGAUCUUCUGUAUCUCAAAACUCCUGGAAAUUGUGGAACAAAGGGUGAGACCUUUCUGCUACAGGAGUAAAGGGUUGGAGACUCUGAGGAGGUAUCUAAUGACAGAAUUUAUCCCUUCAGAGCUCAACCUACCUUCACUUCGUGAAUUCAGUGAUACUAUGAAAUCACUGUCCGGGAGGAUUGACAUAUUACUUGACCGUUUCACUGACUACUUGUCUCAGUGUGCACAACAACGAUUCAGUGGAUCCUCAUACAGACUCUAUGAUGAUAAAUUGGAGAAAAUCUACACCACCAGGAACCAAUACUUUGCUGUAUCUGAGAAGAUGCAUUACACUGUUGAGACUGCAUAUGCAAUGAGGCGAUCUGAAGUGAAAAUGAUGAAUGCAGAUGGAUACCAACAUAUCUUUGACAUGGCCUCGCAGCAGAAAGUAAGAAAACUUAAGAACGUUCAAGCUUUGCUCAGACAAAACCUUGGUGGCCCAAGUCUCUUUGACAUCAGAAACUAUGUCUUUACCAUUUUUGCCUUGUCUGUCUGUUCCAAUGAAGAGUUAAAUGAAGAGGAUGCAAGAAAGUCAGUGAACAUCCUGAAGACGAUGGAGGCUGAACAGGGUAGUGGGUUCUAUGGCUUGUUCUUUGAGAUGCUCUUGAAUUGGCCAGAUGGAACACCCGGAAAAAGAAUCGUGCCAAUCGGAAUGACAAUUAAGCAGCUGGAAAUCAUGUGGAAAGAGCGAUACCGCAAUAGGGAGUUCGCAGACUCAAGACACAACCUCCCCAGGCGAUCAAAAAUUCGUCAAAACCACAGCCCUUUAAAGGCUUCAACAGAGUUUUAUCUUGGACUCGAGAGCAGAAAGUCACGAUUUGUCCAUCGGAAGUCUAUUGGAAGGAUCACCUAUGACAUAUGGAAAGAAGAUUCUAUCAAGAAGAGACUCAAGAGGUUAGAUGGUGUCCUGGACAGCAAGCACUUUGUCCUGUAUAACCCAGAUGGAGAAGAACCAAUGAAGAUUCCUCUGUCCCUACCCAUCAAGGGUCUCCCUAGCCAAGAACCUGUUCAGUUCUACCUAGGGUUCUCAUUUGCUGGCCCCUUGGCAUAUGACGUAGUGUACAAGGACAACAGGGAGACUCCUUUCAUUGCAAAGGAGAGUUCUGCAAACUAUCCUAGCUAUGUUAAUGAACUGCAUGAUAUUGAGGAAGGGUCUGGUAGCUAUGAAUUCUAAAAUUCUCUGUUACAGAACCACGGGCUGCUAUAGAUUCAGAGAAAAGUGUCUUACAUCUAUGCUCUGUCAUGCCUCUAUGUCUUUCAGAGUAGACAUUCUGUGAAUAAUUUCAUGGCUUGUUAUGCAUAGCAGAAACCAAGAUGAAGGAUAUCUGAAUAUGUUUUAUGUAAAUUGCUUCAGUGUUUCAUUUGUAAAUGCUGUAUUUCAUGAUUAGCCUGUCAUCCAUCAUAGUCCCCUUUGCUUAAUGACUUCACUGUGUUUUAAGGCGUGAGCAAAUACGAUGAAAUUUCAGGCUUUCUCUGAAUAUUAACUCUGAAUACAAUCUUACUUAGUGUUUACGAAAAAGUUCAAUUGAAUGAAGGCUAAUUUAUGCUUUAGUGAACCUCAACCCCCUCCCCUCUCCAAUGAAUGUCAUAACAUGUACAUAGAGUCUUAUAGGAAAGUCUUAUAGGAAUAGUACUUUAUAAACCAGUGAUGAAAUAAACAGUGUUUUGAGUUUGAAAUGUUCUGAUUUUACAUCAAAAAGUAUUUUGAUUGAGUUCCUGAUCAAGAUAUUCCAGAAGUAGAAAUAAUUCCUAUAAAUAUGUUUAUCUAGUAUACUUCUUAAGAUUGGAAUGAGUAUUAUGCUUGCAUAUUUCAUUGGUUCAAAGGCAGAUUCUACAUGUAGAUUUAACGCUUGUUGUAAUGUAAGGAGAGUUUCAUAAAAGGACAAUCAGAUAUCUAGAAUGUACAAAUGGUUUGAUCAGAAACUUAUUUUGAAUUCAAACACUGAUUCUUGCCGGUAAUGCAUAUAGACAUGAUAGAGUAACUGAGCAAAUUAUGUAACUCAGUGGGAGAAAAGGAAAGAACUUCAGUAAUCAAUUUAUGCAUUUGGCAAAGAGGGGUGAAUUUACCUUUAUUAACUGUGGAUUGUUGUCAAUUGAUACAGAAAUGUAGCAAGUUCUUUUCUUUUUAUCUAGACAUCUACUAUUACCCAGCAGAAACUAGCAACACAUUUAUGUAUAUUAUGUUAAAUCUUCUUCAUCAAUGUAUACAGAUAUUAAGCGUGUACUGAAAUAGCCAAAACGUAUUGUAAAUGAUAUGUGAUUUUGUUUAAACUGCCAAUAGGUGUCAAUGAUACUUUCCAUCCCCUUCAAAUAUUUAUUGUAAAUAGUAAUAUAACACAUGUGUCAAUGUUCUGACUAGAUUUACAUACAACUACCGCUUUUUAUUUUUAUUUUUGCAACACAGGUUGUCUGAUGUUUAUAUUUUGAAAUUCAAUGUACUUUUUUAUGUCUUCUACAGCUUGUUACAUUGUUUUUUGUGUGUGUUUUUUUAAUAUAUUGAUGUGAUUAUGGGCGCAGUACAUGUACUGUGAGUGCCACUGUUAUAAAGAUGUCUGCUCAAAUGAAAUAAAUAAACAAAAUAAGCAUAUAAUUACUUAUCCACAAAUAUCAGUAGGAUAGACAUGUUAAUUGAGCCUUCCUUCACGAAGGACAUUUGUGACUCGGAUAAUGUUAUGAGAUAGUAGAAGAAGGACCUAUCUACUUUAACAUUAUUUUUUUUGUACAUUUUUAUGCCUUUAGAACUCUACAGAGUGGAUUUAAUUGAUCAUAUUUGUUAAUAUUGUCAUUAUUAUCCUUAUAUCCAGUGUUAUUCAUCUUUGAUAUCUGUUACAUUUCAAAUGUAUUGUAGCCUAUUGGCUAUCCAGUUUAUGUAUAGGCCUAUUAUUUAAUGUUGGAAUAAUACUGCUGGAUGAGAUUCUACAGGGUGUAUUAUGAUGUAAAAUGUGCUUCUUUUAGAAUAAGAGUAAUGUCUGUUUCAGUUUACAUACAGACUUAUGUAAGGUCCACUUGGUUUGUGAGUGUAUUGAUCUUUAUGAUAUUUGUAUUUGUGUGUUUAUUCUUUCAGUGAUUGGUUGAUUAGUGAAUGCAAUCAAUCCAUCGUGACUUAAAAAGUAGCCAUGAUUUUAUUCAAAAUGUAAUACAAUUUUAUACGACUUUCUCCUACAAUGCCAACUAUUUGAUAUAUCUGGAUACGUGACACGUAUAUGAAGUUAUUAACAUGCAGUAUGCAAUUGACUCAAUCACUACACCACGUGUUAUUCAGAUAAUAAUUUUUUUUUUAGUAUUUGAAUUAUUGUGAUUUCAUAUAGUUUUAAUGGUAUACAUGAAGAAAAUCAAUUUUUAUCAGAAUAAAGAUAUUUUUUUUAUUUCA